AUGGGGUCGACUGACUUUGGAAACUUCGACGACUUCUGCAAGGACUCCACCUUGCCGGUGUGUAAUGUGAGUCAAAUUCGAAAUAUCCCAGGCAACCUGAUGAGCUAUCAUUACUGGCGAUUGCUGUCCCGAGGGGCCAUUCCACUGAUUUCCAUUACGUUGCAGCUAUUUUCGGGUCCUCGACACGACCAAAAUGGUCCUUGGGGAGGAUGCCAACUCAAAGGAAUCCCGUUAAGCAACGGCCGCCAUUUGGCUAACCUGGGCUCAAUUAUUCUCUGCGGCGCUGCCAUUGCCACUUCACUAGUGCUGCUGUUACGAUCCGAAAGAAAAAGAGCAGCUGUCGGCCGCAGGGAAAUGCAAUUAUUCCUGGCUGGAUACAUUCUUAUUAGUAUAUGCGAAAUCUUCUCAGUCGGUGGUUUUCCCCUCAAUUCAACCGCUCGAGUUGUUUUCAGUGCCAUCCACAUUGGCAUGAUCAUUGCGACCACCUGGAUACUAAUGCUCAACGCCAUCAUUGGUUAUCAGUUAAUUGAUGACGGAACUCCGCUCUCUAUGGGCCUUCUGAUACUCUCUGCCGGUGUUUUAUUUGUUGGAACUGGAUAUAUCGCUCUGGACACUGGCCUCAAGUGGACCGGCUACUGGGAUAGUAGCUAUGACCUGCCAAACCGAAACAUCGCCCUCUAUGUUUUAUACCAGCUAGUGCCGCUUAUUUUCCUUGUCGCCUUCUUCGUUUUGGAAACCAUCUUGGUCCUUCGAAUCCUCGGAGAGAUUCGGCCCAUGAUUUACCUUGCUGCUGCUGCUGUACUUUUUGCCAUUGGCCAAGUAUUCAACUAUGCCAUUAGCAAGUACAUUUGCGAUGGCACCAGCGGCAAGAUUGAUGGAGCCUUAUUUGAGACACUCUUUACUCUGCUCUCCGUUGUGGCCGUUUGGAUCUUCUGGUCCAGCAUUACCGAAGACGACUGGCCCAUGCAACCCAGUGGUCAGUACGACUGA